UUUGGUCCAGCGAUAGAGGAAAGGAUGUGAUUUGGUCCUCUACGCCGUCUAUGUGUGUUCCUCCUGCCCUUUAGCGUCGAAAUGGAGCUAAGUGGACAUUAGAUAAGAGCGUACUUCGUCGACUUCUCGCCCUGAACCCUUGGAGAAUGAUCCACCGGCAGGUUAUUUUAUCCCAGGUUUUGGUCUGCUUUGGGUUGACUGGUCAUUAUGCUGAUGCAGCUCUGUAGUUUCAAGAAUUUGUACCAGAAUCGUAUCCUGGGCCUGGCGGCCAUGGCCUCCCCAACCCGCAACAGCCAGACCCGCCAGCGCUGCAAGGAUGCGGUUCGUCACAGCUACGGCCCCGAGACCUUUGCUGUCAACGCUCUGGACCAGGAGGCCUUCAUGCUGGGGCUGCCGCGCUCCACCAGCGACACUGAUCUCGUCUCCCCAGAUGCUCGCUCCACCCUCACCAUCAGCUCCUCCCACUACACCAUAGGACAGUCUGAAGACCUGGUGAUCACAUGGGACAUCAAGGAGGAGGUGGAUGCUGGAGACUGGAUCGGAAUGUAUCUUGUUGAUGAGGCUCUGUCUGAGAACUUUCUGGACUACAAGAACCGAGGAAUCAAUGGAUCUCACAGGGGACAGAUAGUUUGGAAAAUUGAUUCCAGCUCUAACUUCAGUGACUCUGAGACCCAGGUCUGCUUCCGGUACUACCAUGGUGUCACCGGAGCGCUGAGGGCGACCACACCCAGCGUAACCAUCAAGAAGGGCACAGCACCCGUCUUAAAGCCAGUGGUUAGUCCUGAAGUCAACCAUGGUUUGGGCAACAGGAGACUCAUUAACUUUUCCCUCUCAGACCUCCAGGCAGUUGGAUUGAAGAAGGGGAUGUUCUUUAAUCCUGACCCAUACCUGAAGCUCUCCAUCCAGCCUGGAAAGCACAGCAUCUUCCCCUCGCUGCCGCACCACGGCCAGGAGAAACGCUCUGGAGUGGCCUGCAACACAGUCAACCCUCAGUGGAGCACAGAGAGGUUUAACUUUGUGUCUCUGCCCACUGACGUCCUGGAGAUCGAGGUGAAGGACAAGUUUGCCAAGAGUCGGCCGAUCAUCAAGCGUUUUCUGGGGAAGCUGUCUGUCCCUGUCCAGAGGCUGCUGGAAAAGCAUGCUAUCGGGGAUCGGGUCGUGAGUUAUUCGCUGGGCCGCAGGUUGCCCACAGAUCAUGUCUGCGGCCAGCUGCAGUUCCGCUUUGAGCUGACCUCCUCUAUUCACCCAGAUGAUGAGGAGGUCUCCUUCGUGGUGGAGCCAGCCUGUCCAGAGGGUCAGGCUGAUGCUGAUGCUCCUGAUGAUGACACACUGAGCGUGGGCCCUGACAUGCCUGACCUCCCCCUGGAUGCUCCUCCUAACCCUGUAACCUCAGCACCAACGGCCUCCACACCUGAGGAAGUCCAACCUGCUGAUGGGGAUGAGGUUGAGGAGGCGGCACAGGGAGAGCAAGAAGCUGUGGAGGAGGAGAUCACAGUGAGGGAGGAACCCCCGGCUGCUGUGCCCCAGAUGGAGCAGGAGGAGGGGGCCACAGCUGGACAGCAGGAGGAGAGCCAUGGAGCUGGUGGAGAAGAGGAGGUCAGAGAGGAGGGGCAGCAGGAGGAAACAGUGGAGGAGCAGAGAGAGGAGUCUGCACCACAAACUGAGGAGGAGGUGACAGCAGAUGGAAAGGAGGUUGGGAAUGAGCCGGACUCAGCGGAGACACAUGAUGGAGGCGCUGCAGUGGAGGCUCCCACAGAGGACAACACUUCAUCUCAGGAGGCCCCUGUAGACCCAGCUGAAGGGGCCCCGCCGGAGGUGACUCAGGGGGGAGAAAGAAGCUGUGAGCCCUACUCCUGCCAGGCUCUCUUCUCAAACUACAACUCCCAUGCUCCCCCACGCCGUAAAAACCGGCCCUGCUCCCUCCCGGUGUCUGAGCUGGAGACGGUGAUUGCGUCGGCGUGCGGCGAGCCGGAGACACCGAGAUCCCACUACAUCCGGAUUCACCACCUCCUCCACAGCCUUCCAUCGGCCCAAAACAGAGCACCCAGCCAGGAGGAGGAGCAGACCGGCGACGGAGACAACACGAGCACUAAUGUAGACACCAACACCACAUCACCAACUCUGAAAACCUCCAAAGAUGAGGAGGGGCAGGAGGAUGAGGAAGAGGAGGAUACGACCCAGUCUCCUACCCAGGUUCCAGAGUGUCCAGGGCCCUGCUGCCGGCGCUCUCUGCCCCGCAGCCUCUCCAUUGAACGCCUGUCAGAGCUGAACCAGCUCCUGGAGGGUGAGGGAGGUGGAGGACAUGCAGCCAUCAGGAGAAUCUCUCCGUCCUGCCUGGGGAGUGAGGAGGGAGACUCCAGUCAUGGAGGAGGCAGGAGAGUUGGCGGGAGCACUCACAGACCUGCAGGUGAAAACGAGUGUGAGUUUUGCGACACCUCCUGCUACAGCACCUCCUGCUACAGCACUUCCUGUUACAGCACCUCCUGCUACAGCAACUCAGGCUACGAGGGGAGGGGUCGCUUCUGCAGCCACACCCGCCUCUCCUCAGUCGACAGCAACCGGCUGUCUGGGAGCACCGUGUUCUCCUCCCAGGAUGAAGAUGAAGAUGAGGAGAGCGCCUUUGAGUCUGUACCUGAUGCCGGCCACAGCCCCGAGGACCAGGAGACAGGUGGGGCAGGAGGGGAGAGGAGGACGGGCAGAUGGAAGGAGGCCCGGAGAGGAGAGCCGGGGGAGCCAGCUGUGGCCGGACCCAGUGACAGGAACAGCAUCGGCUCAGACUUCUCCCCACCUGUUGGCCAUCUUCCAGUCCUGCGACCCAGCCAUGACCUUAACCAUUUUCCUGCUGCCACUGACCAAGCCUUACCUCCAAACUGGGAAGCUCGCAUCGACAGCCAUGGGAGAGUUUUCUAUGUGGACCACGUCAACCGGACCACGACCUGGCAGAGGCCGAGCCACGGCGGCAAGUGUAACCAUGGCAUCCCCCGCUCAGGGUCCACCCAGCAGAUGGAGCAGCUCAACCGCAGGUACCAGAACAUCCAGAGGACCAUGGCCACAGAGGAGGAGGGAGGGAGUCAGAGGUUAGAGCGGAGCAGCAGUACAGAGGCUGAUCCUGAGUCAGCUCAGACAGGCCCCGCCUCCCCUGUCAGUCACCAGAAGAUCAGCCAUCUCCUCCAAUCACCUGCUGUCAAGUUCAUCACGCACCCAGAAUUUUUCACUGUAUUGCACAGCAACUAUGCAGCCUACCGGAUGUUCACCAGCAGCAGCUGUGUGAAGCACAUGAUCCUGAAGGUGCGUCGUGAUGCCAGAAACUUUGAGCGCUACCAGCAUAACAGGGACCUGGUGGUCUUCCUCAACAAAUUCGCAGACACUCAGCUGGAGCUGCCGAGAGGCUGGGAGAUCAAGACUGACCCCCAGGGCAAAUCUUUCUUUGUGGAUCACAACAGUCGAGCCACGACCUUCAUCGACCCUCGGAUACCUCUGCAGAACGGCCGGCUGCCGGGACACCUGGCCCACAGACAGCACCUGCAGAGACUACGCAGCUACAGCGCUGGGGAGGCCUCUGAUGUGUCCAGGAGUCGUGGAGCUUCUCUGAUGGCCAGACCUGGAAACAGCCUGGUAGCUGCCAUCCGGAGCCAGCAUCACGGAGACUCACAGCCACUGACUGCUCCAUCUUAUAAUGACAAGAUAGUGGCGUUUCUUCGACAGCCGAACAUAUUUGACAUGUUACAGGAGCGACAGCCCAGCCUGACCAGAAACCAUGCACUGAGGGAGAAGAUCCACUACAUCCGGACAGAAGGCACUCAGGGGGUGGAGAAGCUGUCAUGUGAUGCAGACCUGGUCAUCCUGUUAAGUUUAUUUGAAGAGGAAAUCAUGUCGUAUGUUCCACCUCACCCCAUCCACCCCGGCUUCAGCUUCUCUCCUCGCUGUUCACCCGCCUCCUCGCCACAGAACUCUCCUGGCUUGCAGAGGGCCAGGGCUCCAGCUCCGUACCGCAGAGACUUCGAAGCCAAGCUACGAAACUUCUACAGGAAGUUAGAAGCUAAAGGCUACGGCCAGGGACCAGGCAAGAUCAAGUUGCUGAUCCGAAGAGAGCAUCUCCUGGAGGGAACCUUUAACCAAGUGAUGGCAUAUUCACGCAAAGAGCUGCAGAGGAACAAACUCUAUGUCACCUUCCUGGGGGAGGAGGGAUUAGAUUACAGUGGUCCAUCCAGAGAGUUCUUCUUCCUCUUGUCUCAGGAGCUGUUUAAUCCGUACUAUGGGCUGUUCGAGUAUUCGGCCAAUGACACUUACACCGUUCAGAUCAGCCCCAUGUCAGCGUUUGUUGAGAACCAUCUGGAAUGGUUCCGUUUCAGUGGUCGUAUUCUGGGCCUGGCUCUGAUCCAUCAGUACCUGCUGGAUGCUUUCUUUACUAGGCCCUUCUACAAGGCCCUGCUCAGGCUGCCGACAGAUUUGUCUGAUCUGGAGUACCUGGAUGAGGAGUUCCACCAGUCUCUGCAGUGGAUGAAAGACAACGACAUCACUGACAUCCUGGAUCUCACCUUCACUGUGAACGAGGAGGUUUUUGGCCAGGUGACAGAGCGGGAGCUGAAGUCGGGCGGCUCCAACCUCCAGGUGACCGAGAAGAACAAGAAGGAUUAUAUAGAGCGAAUGGCCAAGUGGAGGGUGGAGAGAGGAGUGGUGCAGCAGACAGAGGCGCUGGUCAGAGGCUUCUACGAGGUGGUGGACUCGCGGCUGGUGUCAGUAUUUGAUGCGCGGGAGCUGGAGCUGGUGAUCGCUGGGACGGUAGAGAUAGACCUGGGUGACUGGAGGAGCAACACAGAGUACAGAGGAGGUUACCAUGACGGCCACAUAGUGAUGCGAUGGUUCUGGGCUGCUGUGGAGCGCUUCAACAACGAGCAGCGCCUCCGCCUGCUGCAGUUUGUCACAGGGACGUCCAGUGUUCCCUACGAAGGCUUCGCCGCCCUGCGAGGAUCCAACGGCCUGCGACGCUUCUGCAUCGAGAAGUGGGGCAAAGUCACAUCACUACCCAGGGCUCAUACCUGUUUUAACCGCCUUGAUCUGCCUCCCUACCCUUCAUACACCAUGCUGUAUGAGAAACUGCUGAUCGCUGUGGAGGAAACGAGCACUUUUGGCCUGGAGUGAGACAGACUAAACAGACAAACUCUGCAUCCCUCUCUGUCUGACACUGGUUGGGCCAUGGUGUAAAAGGAAAGCAGCCUUUGUUGGCUUCAUAUGUCGUAAAGAUUCCUGAAUUGUACUGGACAAGGUUUUGGUCAUGUGGAUGUAUGUACGUCACUGUUCUGGUUCUAUGUGUCUCUCUCUUAGCCAGAAGGAUCUGUCUGACUGCACCCAGCACCUAGGACACCACAGCAGGACAACACUUAUUUUUAUAUUAAUGAGCUAUUAUUGGGGAAGGUGUAACCCUGCACUGGCUUUCUAAAAUGAUAUGUAUACCCAAAGAAUGGGUAUGUACAAUGAAAUCAAGAUCAUUUCUGGUGUGUAUCAAAAUGCAUCAUCUGUCCAGUAAUGAAAGUUCUGACAGUAACAAAAAAUCCACCUAAAAACAGCGACAAGUAUAGAACAAUGUACAGAAGUAAGGAAAUAAAAUCAACAUAUUAGAACUGAAAGCAAGAAUUUUACAUCAAAUCUAAGACAUUAUUAUGACAGCUAAGCACUGAAAAACACGUGAAAUUUAUCUUUAUUACACAGAAGAGAUUUAAUGUAAUGUAAAGUGGUAAAACUUACAGUAUUCUAAUUGUUGUAAAAAAAAAAGAAGAAACUAACACAAUAAAAUGAGAUAAAAAUAAAAAAGAAAUGUCAGGAAAGUACUACUGGCAGUGCUCAUCCAAGCAUCAGAGCUGCAGGUUCGACUCUCCAGAUGAGAAUGAGUAGCAAAAACAAAUUACAGAAUCCCUGCUUGAAAACAAGUUUGACAAAUUCUGACUUGCUAAUUGUUAAUCUUUUUGUGAAUUCAAGUUUGGUUCACAUAUCCUCAGGUGGUUUGCUGCUCUUCAGAUGAAUAUAGAAAUGUGGCUUUAAAAAGGUUUAAUGCAGAUUUUAAAAAACACUUCAGUUGGAUGCAGAGUUUAGUAGCCCUUAUGCCAAAGGAACAAUCAUGUUGGAUUUUUAUUCCUGAGAGUCUCCAAGGAUCAGUAUGUUUCUCUGUGUUCUGUGGGGGAUCCUGUCUGACGAACGGAGAUAUAUACCCACUGCACUUUAGCAAUGCAAGCAAAGAACAUCAGGCAACGAUAUGCAGAACUCUAAGAAACAGAGGACAGACUAGAGCACAUAUCCUUUGGGUUUCAGUAGAAAUUACAGCUGUAAAGAAGUUAAGAGAGCCAAGGCUAUAAGGAUCGCUAUUUAUUUACAGAAACAGCUGUAUGAGGUGAAAACAAAAACGUCUGCAGAUAAUUCAGUGAAUCUAAGAAGAAUCUGCAAUGAUUUACCAGAAAAACAGGGGCCAUCCAAACAUAUUCUUAUACUCUCAGUAGGUAACUAUUGAAAUGGAGUUUCUGUUUCAGAGUAGUUUAGGACUGAGAAUUUGCUUUAAAAAAUAUGCGUGACCUGGUACACUGGAACUGAGGAAAGAUCACUAGUGGGGUACAUUCUAAACAUUUGUCUUUUGGUCCAAAUGAAUGGAAUGAAUCAACAGCAAAUCAAGGUAGACGUUGUAGGACCUAAAAGGCAGGUACAGACUCUACAACAACGACACUUCAUUCCAGCACUGAGACUGUCCAGGAAGGCCCACAGAUGGACCUGCAGCUUCCCAUCCUGUGUCUCCCUGUAGUUCAGUCCAAACGGAGGACAGCAGCUGGACAGAGACAUUCCCUCUGAAUGGACAGCAGUGUUCAAGACGGCUCCCUCAACCUUUUCUGAUGAUGUCAUGUCUCCUACAAACAAAAGUAGCCAUCGAUUCCAACACAAGGGCUUCUUGGAUUUAUUCUGAGGAGACUGAGGCUGAUUAGUAAAGCAGAAAGGCACUUCAUGAUUCCUUGAUGAUAAAAAUGCAUAUGUGGACACUCUCCAGUUGGCCAAAGGGGACGCUGUGUGACUCCUGUUGGCCAGAGUGGUGCUUCAGCUGUCAGCCUCUCUGGUCCUGCUGUUUGAAUGAGAACUCUCUUAUUCACGUCUUCCACUGAUGAACUUCUUCUCUCUGACUGUACCAUCACCUUGGUGUUGCUCUGUAAAUGGAGCGUGUGAACCUUCACUGACUGGUGCAAAGCAACAUGUAGGUCUCCAAAGGUCCAGGAUCGCCGGUCCAGCUUCUUGAACCAAUCUGGCCCCUCUGGUAUAAACUUGUGACAUGGACAGAGGCCCUUGGAUAAACCAGUGUAAUAUAUGCAAUAGUCAGGACCUUUAAUCUGAUCUACAGCCAACCAUGUUCUUUCAGACAGUGACUGACUGCAGUGUAUCCUCAGCAUCCACAGCCCCUGUCUACAUUUCUAGCCCAGUAAUGAAACUGUGCCUCAGUUAUUUACUGCCCCAUAUAUGACCUGUGGGGUUAGUGCUCGAACCUGAUAUAAGAAAAAUCCACAGUUCAGAUAUUAGCCUCGGUUAUUCUUGAAAACAGUGUCUCCUAGUGUUUGCAUGGGUUUUAUGUCACUCUCCAAACACAAGAGAGGUUCAUGGGAGGCUCCAUUCACACUUGAGUCUGAUCUCAAGAAAAAAACAAGUAUAAAUGCAACCAAGAAACGUUAAAGUUGGGCUGAAACCUUACAUGUUUUAGUCAAAUGUUGAAAGAAGUAUAAAGCUGAAAACAUUUUCUUUUCGCCUUCUAUCAUUGCAAUCGUUAACUGAGCUGUAUGGUUAAAAAUUCCAGUAACUUUAUGUAUCAGAGUGCUUCCAGUACUACUGCCUGCUACUCAACGCAGCUGAAAAAGGCAACAGUUUGACGGUGUGAAGUCAUCUCUGCUGCAGGCUAGAGGUUCCAUUAGCCACUGCCAGCAUAGCAGACACACAUCUCUCACUGAACAAUCAGCCGUCAAGUUGCAUUGUGGGUAAUGCAGGCACGGGGUUUUAGCAAGAGGAAGAACAUGUGGACUGAAAAAGACAACAUCUCUGGUUCUGCUUGUUUUAGGUUUGUUCAUGUGAGUCAUCUCAGUUUGUGUUAGCUGGUUGAGGUUUGUUGCCCCGUUGGAAAUGUUUGCUAGUUAACAUCUGCCCCAUUUGGAGUGAAGAGAGGUCAGCAUAAGCAUAAUCUGAUGGUUCUCACUGAUUUUAAGCAGUAUAAAGAAAAGUACUAAUCGAAGGGAAAAAACUGCAUUUAUAAAAGAUGGCACCUCUAAAAAUGUUGGCUAAUUAUACUAGCUUCUAAUUCUGUGUCUACAGGAGUUUACUCACUCAUUUGAAAUGAGCUUGUUACUAUGAACCAUGGUGUUUAUAGAAAAGAUGGACAUAGCCAUAAUGUCACUCAUUGGUUUAUGGACGGUUGCCAACUUGGUCUGUACCCAAAUCCUUUAGAAACUGGAUGUAGCGAGCGAGCGGUGGAUCUGACUGGACUACAUACUGUACUGAAGGGGAUUUGAAUUUGAUGAUUGGGUCCACAGCAAAUGAAGGGAGAAGUAGGGUCAUUUUCUCACAGACUUUUGUACAAUCAGACUUCUUGUUGCAAACAGAGGAGUUGGCUUCACUUUCAGACCUGCAUCCCAAAUCACGUGUUUUCUUUUUACUGUCGGUGUGUACCGGGGCUGCUCUUACAAGGUCCAUAUUGUUGCAUGCAAUUUUCAUACGUCUGAGGGUUCUACCUCCCCACAACAUCAGACCCAUUGCACUCUGUAGCAGUGUGUAAUGUGCUGUUGUUCAUUUGUGUUCUCUUAGCAUUUCAAGUAUGGUUCUACUCAUGGGCAACACCAUAUCAGAGGAGGCAUAUAUUCCACUGUGCACCGGACUGUGGGUCAGAAUGGCCAAGAAAACCAUCCUGGGUUGUGUACUGCUAAAUGUGACUGGAUGUAGUAGGACGUCUUUAUGUUUUUGACAUACUCUGCGUUUGGACAUCUUUUCUAGCCUACCGUAUUGCGUGGUAGUGUGGCGAUUGAAAUGCGCUCUAUGUCCAUCCUUUGUAAACAGUCUAUUGGAUGGAUUUAUGAAGCGCUGGUUUAACCCAGUCCUGGCUGUGACUGGCUCAGUAUUGCCACCCUCUGGUCUGGAAUAGUGCUGGUCCACAUUGACAUCUAGUGAGGGAAAAAGGGAAUGCUGCAUAGAAUGGGUGUGGAUAAGUACAAGUAAAGAUCAGCUGAUCAGUACCCCUUGGACUCCAUUAUGAUUUUAUUACAUCUUUUACUUUAUGUCCAGUGCCAAGGAAGAGGAGGAAGAGGGCCAUUUAUGUAAAACAAUGGUGUGAUGGAUAUUUAGUGUAUGAGACAGAACCACAGGAGAGCACAUUUCAUAUCCUGUCACAGAUUUGUAGUUCUUCCGUUUUAUUAACCCUAACCCCAGUCUUUAGUUAGUUACACCUAAAACUUAGUUUAUUCACCACAAUGACAAUCUUUCCAUAAACUGAGCCACACUGCAGUUGCCAUGUGCAGAUGAAGUGUUUAAAGGGAGAAUUUUUUAAAGUGGUUGGUACUGGGUAUAGCCAAGUUUGCCUGCUGAGAUAGGAUCCAUCCCCUGAUCCUGAACAGCUGAGUGUUUGGCACACAGUCACAGAUUUGUGAGAGUUUUCCACACUGAACGUUUCACUGUCAUGAACUAUCAGCAGCCAGUCAGAUUUGAUGCUUAUUUGUUCCCCACACAAACUUCACUUUUUAUCAUUUUCUCUUGAAAGAUUACUGUUAGCAUUUGAAAUGACACCUAAAUGGUGCUUUAUUUGCCUGUUAGCAACAGAAACUAUGAAAUAUUGGGUGAUGGGGCACUAGAAAAAGUAACAGAAAUCCAGGAAUUUCACGUUUAACUCUUGUUUGAUAUGAAUAUUGGCCAGAGCAAAUGAAAGAAUGGCUUUGAUGAAAGUAAAAGGGUUGUCUGGCCGUCGGAUCAUUACUACUGCAGUCGUUGUUGGCAGUGGCGAGGCCUUAUCCACGCACCUCUGCAUCCAUGAGGACAAGGCUGUGAUUCCGUUGCAUUCCCGGUCUUUUUUGUUUUCCUUUUUUCUACAAUCUUUUGUACUGUUAUUUAUACUGUAUUGUAUUUAUAAGUAAGGGGAGGUCCAGACACUUUCCUUGAAUGUUUAAUUUGCAGUUUUUUGAUGAUGAUAAUGAGCAUCAGUCAAAGAGUUUGCCUUCACUUUUGGAGCCUUUGUGUUUUGAUAUGUAUGUCUUUUCUAUUAUCUAUUGAGCUGGCUGAUCAGUCUGUUUCCAUUCGCCUCACAGUAUUCCUCUUGGCACCAUCAUUACAUCAAUGAGUUUCUGUUGAUGUCAUUUUUUUGUUUAUCAGUUUGUCAGAAAUCUCAGAAGUGCAUGUAUCCAGUAAGUAAUAUAUGCUUUGGGCAGUUUAUGACAGUGCAUAAAAAGGAGUUUUUUCUAUUUACUUUGUAGAAGAUGUGAAGAGACCUUACAGAAAUCUUGUUUUAAUUGAGUUCAUAUGUUUAAUGCAUACACUGUAGAUCUAGAACACUGACAUUUAUUGCUGGGAAAGACUGAUUAGGAACACUCCAGUAACACUUAUAUGUAAGUGCAUUGGUAGAAGCUAUUAUAUACAUAUUUAAAUAAGCUAUUGGAGAAGCAAAGAAUCAUGGGAUGUCUACAGAAAGGUAAGGUGGUGGCAACUGUAGCGACUGUUUGGUUUUCUUUGAUUUUCUUUUUUUAAAACAGGGAAUUUAUCAAAGGGAAUAUGUGAAUGACUUGAUGACACCAAGCAUGCAUAUUUUUCUGUUUUGUUUCUGGUUUUGUGUGUAAAGUACACAUACUGUAUGUACAUAAUGUUGAGAGGUACAGUUCUAAUUCAACUGAGAACGGGUUGCUAAAUACUCAGGCUGUGCUAUCGCUCCAUCAUACCAUACAACUGUUUAUGAAUCUCAAUAAAAUGAUCACUUUGUUA